AUGCUGCUCUUGCUCGACAGCGCGAGCGCCCGGAGCCUUUACGAGAGCAAGAGCCAGCUGCGCUCGGCGCUGCCGCACGAACCGGGGCAGGCUGCAGAGGCUGCCGGGGAGCCCGCGGCGCCCGACCCCAUCCUGCGGCUGGUGCUGGCCGGCGACAGCGGCGCGGGCAAGUCCAGCUUCCUGCUGCGCCUCUGCAGCAACGAGUUCAGCGGCGACGUGCCCAGCACGCUAGGCGUGGACUUCCGCGUGAAGCAGCUGCUAGUGGACGGGGAGCCAACGACGCUGCAGAUCUGGGACACGGCCGGGCAGGAGAGGUUCCGCAGCAUCGCCCGCUCCUACUUCCGCAAGGCGCAUGGUGUCCUGCUCCUCUACGAUGUCAGCAACCAGAGCAGCUUCCUCAGCGUCCGCCAGUGGAUUGAGGACAUCAAGGUUGCCGAGGGGCCUCUUCCACUCAUGCUGGUGGGGAACAAGAUCGACCUGCGUGCCGGGCUGCCGGCGGGAGUGUGCAGCGCCCUCGGGGAGAAGCUGGCCAUGGCCCACUCGGCCCUGUUCUGCGAGACCAGCGCCAAGGACGGCACCAAUGUGGUGGAGGCCGUGCUGCACCUGGCACGGUGA